CAUCCACAAAGCAAGAUAUCACUUCCCGUAAAACCAAGUGAUUUAUACGCUGUCUAAUAAUUACUGGAUUUAGCUUAUGUACAUAUUGCAAAAUGUAAUUCUCUACGUUAAUAAUUACAAUUUAUUCACAUUCUUCUACUGUUUUUCUUAAUAAUUACGAAGACGAUGUGCGUUUUUUUACCUUCGGGAACUGUAGAAGAGAUGGGCCAUCAACCUCGCUAAACCUCGGAUAAGUGCUCACAGUCGGAAUACACUCCGGUAUAAUAUGGAAUAUUGUAUAGGCCUAGUCAUAUAUGUGUAUUGUUUGUGGCCAUGGCAUCUAGCUUCGGGUGCAACACCUCAAUCAAAAAACUCAGGUUUCGUGGCCUCAAGUGAACACAAGCGACUUCGGGAAGUGCUGUUUAAUGAUUAUGACGUUUCUGUUAGGCCCGUUAUCAAUUCAUCCGACCCUACAGUCAUUGAUCUGCAAUUUUUCGUCGCUCAGGUGUUAGAUGUGGAUGAACGAAGAGAAACAUUCAAAAUAAACGCGUGGUUAACUAUGCGAUGGUACGACGAAUACCUUCGCUGGGACCCAGAUGACUAUAAUGGCGUAUUUAAUUUCAAGACAUCGAACGAAAAAGUAUGGAUGCCAGAUUUGUGGUUGUACAAUAAUGCCGGAAGUAGAUACGAACAUUAUUACACAAAUUCUAUAUGUAGCAUCUAUAAUUCUGGUCGUGUGGUGUGGCAAUCGCCUGCAAUAAUCACAACGCAUUGCACGAUGGAUGUCACUCAUUUUCCGUUCGACCAACAGACUUGCCUGGUAAAAUUUGGACCAUGGCAGCACGGUGCAAAUGAAAUCACAUUGAAUGGAACAGGCUCUCACAGUCUAUACCUUUAUAAUGUGAGUUCUAGUGAAUGGGAAAUAUUCAUGUUUAGUGCUGACAACGGCCGGGAAGAUUAUAAGAUAUACCCAGAUGACGAUCCCGUACCAUAUACCUUUGUCACCUACUACAUCUUCCUCCGAAGAGUUCCAACUUAUUUCGUUUUCUAUUUGAUUAUGCCAUGCACAUUGAUCUCAGCGACGACAUUGCUGAGUUUCUUUCUACCACCUGAGUCAGGAGAGAAGGUGAGCUUAGGCAUUACUGUUCUACUCUCCCUCACGGUCUUCCUUCUCCUAGUUGCCGAGUUACUGCCUCCCACCGGUGCCGUUCCGAUAAUUGCAAUAUACUAUGCUUCCACAAUGGUAAUGGUUUCAUUAUCAUUAACAAUGUCAGUUGUGGUCUUAAACCUUCACCACCGAGGCCCCGAAAGUCAAGCAGUCCCAGGAUGGUUACGCAAGCUGUUUCUAGGCCGUAUUGCAAAGAUGGUACUUAUGAGAGCAGUAUCUCACAAGAAUCACUCUGCGUGCAAUAACAUCGUACACUAUGAUUCGUCAACAUCGUCACGUUUUGGAAACCACACUGUUCACCAAACAGUACGUUACACCAAAAGACGUCGGAAACGCCCCGAAAAGAUUGAAAUGAUCGACAUUUGUGAAAAUGAUAGCCUGCACUCAGACCUAGGCCUAGACAUGGGUAAUUCUGAGCUGCUUCUUCCAAGGGUUGACAGAUCUAGCGAACACAGAAAUUCCAUUGACGAAACAUCGCCCGGUUCAAACAAGCUUAAUAUGCGAGAAAUGGACAUUCUAAGAACACUUUUGGAAGAGUUUCGUAGCCUGAAGAAUGUAAUUUUCGACAAAGCAAAAAACGAACAGUUUCAUGGAGAGUGGAAGCAAGUUGCACUGGUUGUGGACCGUAUUUUCAUGCUGUUUUACUUCCUUGGAACACUAUUGACUUUAUUGUUAGUGAUAAAUCAAAUAGAUUUCAACGACAAUUAACGAUGGAAAAUUGAUCCUGACGUGGAAAUUACCUAUUUGAAGUUGCAAAAACGUUGCCGCGUUGCUGCAAAAUAGAAUUGAAAGAAAAUUUGUCGUUUCAGAAUUCGUGUAAAGUGUUAGUCACUUUUAGAGAUCUGACGACAAUUCGUGGUUUAGCGACUGACUGAGCGACUAAAAUGCCCUUCGCCAACGGUGAAUCAUGGCUAGUGCAAAGUAUCCAGCUAUUCUACAUUAGGCAUUAUGUGAUACUUAAUCCUCACUAUGUCAAAUCAAAUCAAACAAAUCAAAUAUACUUUUAUUUUCCAUACAAUAAAGUAAUACAAUAUUCAAUAAGAAUGCAGAAAAUUGAAAAAAAUUAAUUAUGUGAAUGCAUUUCGAUGAAGGAAAUAUGCAAACUGGUAAUAAAUAAGUAAAUAUUUGUGCAAUCAUCAACAUCAUCGUCGUCAUCAUCAUCAUCCUCGUUUUCAUCAUUAUCAUUAUCAUCAUCAUCAUCAUCAUCAUCAUCAUCUCAAUCAUCAUCAUAA